AUGGCCAAUGCUGCUAUAAUCAAAGAACUUUCCGGGUAUCAGCGAAGGUUUGACCGAAAUUUGAACGUGCGAGCCCCCUCGUCCAAAGGACAAACACCACUCUAUCUUGCGGUUUGCACGGGUGAUGUCGAUACCGUGAAAGCUGUGAUCGAUGCCGAUAUCGAUCCUUAUUUUCACGCCGAUACCAACACAUUUUUGAACGAACUGUGCGACGAGAAGACUCCGCUCAUGCAAGCCGCCUUCCUUGGUCACGCCGGUGUGGUCUCAUUGCUCUUAGACCGGGGUGCAGACCACGAAAUCUGCGUGCAACGAGAGAAGUUUAACUGCCUACAUUACGCGGUGAAAUCUGACCGCGCUAAAGAAGACGUCAUCAUGGCCUUCAAGGACAAGAUGGACUUCGAUCAGCUUCCCCCGGUACUACGCUCGAUAGCCAAGAAAAUCCACCGAAAGUGA